CCUUGUCUGGUAGACAUUUACUUCAGAACGAAGGAACGUGAUUUUUAGCCUUACCGACCCACCGUAGUUUUUGUAACCCGUUCCAUGGGCGUCGUACAUAGUACAUAUAUUUCGAGGCAGAGGUAGCGAGAGUUGAAUCGGCAACUCCUCUCCAACCAAACCUGGUCCCAACCGAUUUCAGAAUACGACCAAGAGGAACGAUUUUCAGCCUUAGAACGUGUUCUCGUGGUUUAUGUCAAUAGGCAAAAAUACGGUAAGGACACCCAAGAUUAAACUGAGAAAUGGAACCGAAUGUUCUUCAUCUCCAAGAUGGCGGCGGGUGCACGCUGGACGUUCAGGAGUGUGGAGGGGUCUACUUCCCCAAGGUGUUCAGUGUGGACAUCAUCAGCAACUUCCGCUCCAUGGAGAUACGUGCAGAUGACGUACUACUUAGCUGCUUCCCAAAAGCUGGAACCCAUUGGUUCUGGGAGAUUCUCAGUCAGCUGUCGGCAAGAAAGGCGGAGAACAUCAGAGACAAGUGGAAGGGAGACAUGAUGAUAGAGUGUUGUCCCCAGUCGGUCUUAGACGCUGCACCCUCCCCCCGGGUUCUCAACACACACGUCCAGUUUGGGCAGCUCCCCCAACAGAUUGUGGAGAAGAAGUGCAAGAUCGUACACGUGCUCAGGAACCCUAAAGACCUGACCGUGUCCUUCUACAACCACCACAGAGCAUUAAAGGAUAUGUAUAACUACCACGGGGAAUGGAAGGACUACCUCCAUCUGUUUUUGAAUGGGCUGGUUGACUGGGGCUCCUGGUUCGACAACACCCUAAGCUAUAUAAGAGCAAAGGAACAAAAUCCCCAACUCCCAAUACAGAUAAUGUACUAUGAAGACAUGAAAAAGGACCCGGUCGCUGGGGUCCGACAGUUAGCUGACUUCCUUGGCGUGGAGGCAGAUGAGGAACUUAUCAAGGGAAUCUGUGAUAAAUGUGGCUUUGAAAAUAUGAAAACCGUUGCCAGUGAAGUGGGAAAAGGACUGAUACAAGAUGGUGUGCCACAGGUAUUCCGAAAAGGUGGCGUGGGGGACUGGAAGAACUGGUUCACAGUUGCGCAGAACGAGGAGUUUGACAAAGUUUACUCAGAGAAGAUGGAAGGAUAUGAUCUCCCAUUUAAAUAUUCCAUUUGAAGAUUUCACUCUGCAUAAUGCGGGGCGUGAUUGUCUCAGUCUGUAUACAGUAAAACCCCGUAAAACCGGACGGUAACGUUUCCUGUUAAAUCUUCUUGGUAAAUCAAAUUUUUUUAAAUAAGGAAUAAUGUUGGAGAGUUGUGUCCCUUUACUUCUAUAUUUCGUUCAAACACGCCCCAUUAGUAGCAGGGGUUCCAGACCGCCGGUGUCCCAGACGACCGGGUCAGGCCUAGGGAGGUUUCACUGUGGAACUGUUGUUCAUGUGUUAUAUUGGACUUUAAACUCACAAGUGCAUUAACAUAAAUGACGUACUUUGACUUCACCAAGACUUCACUGGGGAUGCUAUGGACGAACGUGACGUAGAGAAAGCCGUGAAAUGUUGGCAAUGUUAAUUGACAAACAGUCAUAUUUAAUUAUUUUGGGGGCAAAAUUGUUUGAUCGACUCUUGUGGGCCUAUAUUCUUCUGGUAAUUUAACGAACGAUAUAGCGGAGAAAUUACUAGUUCUUUAGUUACUCAUUCUUUGACAUAAAGAGAUCAGAACAACGUGAAGUCUGUGAAUGGAGUUGUACUUUAAUACAAGGGGUUGUACUCUAACAAAUGGGGUUGUACUCUAAUACGUGGGGUUGUACUCUAACACAUGGGAUUGUACUCUAAUACAUGGAGUUGUACUUUAAUACGUGGGGUUGUACUCUAAUACAAGGGGUUGUGCUCUAAUACAUGGGGUUGUACUCUAACAAAUGGGGUUGUUAUCUAAUACGUGGGGUUGUACUUUAAUACAUGGAGUUCUACUCUAAUACAUGGGGAUGUACUCUAAUACUUGGGGUUGUAUUGCAACAAUGGGAGUUGUAUUGUAAUACUGUCAGAAUGCAUUCUUUAUACAUGAAAAUGAUAUCAGAGUCGAAGAACAUGUACAAUUAACUGGAAAGUGAUGUAUACAGAUAAAUGGCCAUUUUAACAUGGGCUUCGUACAGCAAGGUGACUGGAUUUAUCACUGUGUCCAUUACGAGAAGACGGUACCAAGUUGAUGACAUGGUCACGAGAAUGGCUGUGUUCCCCCAUUCGGCUUGUCCCGGAAUGACACGAAUGGUCACGAAUGGAAUAUGCUGUGAUCAGCGGAUUGAUUCCAUAUUCCAAUAUUCAGAACACAAUCUACCUUACUGAAGGGGAAGGACAAUAUAAUCUUGUCGACAAAGGAACGUAUAUUUAACUGCCAUCAUGAUGUUAAAGUAUUACCCUGAUUCAUUGCGGAGGCAUAUAUUCUAAUAAAAGUCAUAU